AAAACAAACCCAAAAAUUAAAAUUAAUUUUUCUAGAAAGUGUUUAGGCAAAAUUACAGAAUACUUAUUGUCCUAGGUUUUAUGGAAAAUGUAUAGACCCACAAUGUGAGAGAACAAAAAAAAAAAAAAGUUAAAACAAAGUCAUUGUUUUAAAAAAAGAAAGCCAAAACCACAAUAGAAGAUUUUAUUGGAGAGCAACAGUUGUAACAGAGAAGUUACAAACGCACCAUCCGGAAGGGAUCACGCAACGCUACUGUAUGUACAUUAACACACUUAAAAGUAAGGUUAAAGUUUAGACUAAUUCUCUCGUAGCAAAAGCCCAUAGCCUUGCCUACCUGUUCACAUCUUACCCCUGCACCAGGUGUGGUUAUGACAGAAGGGGAGGGGGGCCCGGGCUGAACCGACUUUGUCAGGCUACAUAAAUCAUUAGGAAUUCACAACUGCGAAGCCGUGUAUUAUUUUCCAGCAGGUUGUUGAGCUGUCACAUUACAACUUGUUGCAGUACACGGCGCUAUUAAAAUAAAUCACGGCACGUAACAGGUUCUGCUCUGCCACCUACAAGCCAGUGUGCAUUUUACACCUGGGAGGCGGGCCCGGCUCUGCGACGUCGCGCCGAGCUGCGGCUCCAUUCGAAAUACCCGGGAAGGGGAGGGACCAGGCGGGAGAAAAUACAAACAAGUUUCGUAAAAUAACUUUCCAACAAGACCUCGCUGUCAUCUCAGCUAAUUACGGCCCUGAUACGGCUUAUUAGCGCAUACCCACCUUUGCUACCUUGCUUCUCCACCCACCACCCUUUCAGAUCUUCGUCCUGGCUCCGCCUCUCGCCGGCGUUAUAAUGGGCUGGUCUGAAAGUGGUGGAGAGACACAGAACCACAGGGGAAGAGAGAGAUAAUGACAAUAACACUAAUAACCCUAAUAACCCGGCUGCUGCCCGCGCCGCAGCGAGGAGCCAGCCCGGCGCCCCGGCGCUGACGGGGGCCGGAGCCCCAGAGCCAGGAGUAACCCCGACGGCCGGCAAGAGCUUCUCCCCGCGCCGGGGCAGCGCCGAACGGUAACAGCGGCCCCGAGGAGGACCGGGCUCGGGGGGGCGCGGAGCGCAGCCGGCACCGGCAGCCGCCCGCUCGCACCAGCUCCGCGGGGGCCUCCUCGCCCCUCUCCUCCGGCCCCAUGGAGCUGCGGGAGUGAAGAGCCAGGACAGAAAGGAGGGCGGAGAGCAAGCGAGCGUCCCGGCGGGGGGAGCAGGAGGUGGAAGCCGGAGGAAGCGCCCCGUCCGCCGCCGAGGGCGGCAGGGCACCGCCGCCCGUCCGCAGCGCCCAGCGGCCGGGAAGGGGCCAAGGGCCAGCGGUCAGCCCCCCGCUAGCGACUCCCGGGGCGGCCGCCCGAGGCCAGCCCGCCGCCCAGCGCCGCCCGCCCUGCCUGCUGCCGCGGAGCUGUCCAAGCCGGCGCGGGGGCACAAACCCCCCGGAGCGCCUCGCCGCCCCUGAGGGCUGCGCCGAGGGGCGGGGGUCGCGCCCGCCCAGCGGAGCCGCGGGGGCGCGGGGUGGCCCGCCGGCGCCGCCGCCAUGAAGCUGGAGGUGUUCUCGCAGCACUACGAGGACAAGCUCAGCGCCGGCAGCGACCAGGAAGGCAGCGGCUCCCUCUCCCCGGCGCCGGCCGAGAGCGAGCUGGGCUCGGACGGCGACUGCGCCGCCAACAGCCCGGGCGGCGGGGCCGGGCGGCCGGGGCACCCCCAGCCGCCGCCCCCCGCCCCGCAGCCGCCGGCGCCGGCCGAGAGCGCCAAGGGGAAGCCCUACACGCGGCGGCCGAAGCCGCCGUACUCCUACAUCGCGCUGAUCGCCAUGGCCAUCCGCGACUCGGCCGGCGGCCGCCUGACCCUGGCCGAGAUCAACGACUACCUGAUGAGCCGCUUCCCCUUCUUCCGCGGCGCCUACACCGGCUGGCGCAACUCGGUGCGCCACAACCUCUCCCUCAACGACUGCUUCGUCAAGGUGCUGCGCGACCCGGCGCGGCCCUGGGGCAAGGACAACUACUGGAUGCUGAACCCCAGCAGCGAGUACACCUUUGCCGACGGCGUCUUCCGCCGCCGCCGCAAGCGCCUCAGCCGCGCCGCCCCGCCGCCGCAGCCCGCCCGCCCCGCCGCCCCGCCGCCGCCGCCACCGCAGGAGGCGGCCGGAGCGGGCGCCGCGUCCCCCGGCGCUUCCCCGCGGCAGCGGCGGGGGGGCAGCGGGGCGGGGGCGGCGGGCGGCGGCGGCGCCAAGUUCUCCAGCUCCUUCGCCAUCGAGAGCCUCCUCCGGCGGCCGGCCAGGCCCCGCGCCGCCCCGCAGCCGCCGCCGCACGUCCGCCUCCUCUGGCCGGCGCCGCCCGGGCCCCCGCACCUGCUGCCCGGCCCCUACCCGCUGCUCCCCUACCCACCUGCCGCGCAGCCCCCGCCCGCCGCCCUCUACGGCGGCGGCCUCCUGCAGCUCUGCGCCUACGGGCUGGGCGAGCCGCCGCCGCUGCUCCUGGGGGGCGGGCGGCAGGCGCUGGCCCAGGGCGAGCCGCCGCCGGCGGAGCGGCCGCGGCCGCCGCUCUUCCCCGCCGCCCUUCCCAAGGGCGGGAGGGGGCCGCCCGGCUCCCCGCUCUACGGGCCCCUCCGGCUGGCCGGGCCGCCGCAGCCGGCGGCGGGGGGCUCGGCCUCGUUCCGCCCGUACGCCGUGGAGACCCCCCUGGCUUAA